GCCGUAGUAUUUACAUCCACUAGAACCAAGAUGGCGUCGGGCGGUUAGCCGGCUAGCCGGAUGAAGGCACUUUGUUUCAAAUAUUGUUGUUUUAAGUACAUAUUGAAGUAAUUUAGCGGCUUUAUUGUCAAGAUAAAUGGUCUUUAAUAAUGUCAAGCUGUCGGUAAAAGCCGUUUUUUUAUAUCCUAAUGAUCUUUUUUCUUGACUUCCGUUGCUAACGCGUUAGCUGGCCGUUAGUCCGUCGCAGCAUCUCAAUGGCGGAAGCGAUGGAGGAGCUGCGGCCCGUUCCCCGCGAGCGGGCCAUCCUGGAGAGCUUCUUCACGCAGCUCGGCAUGUUCUCCUUCGACCGGGCCAAGGACUACGUGGAGAAGGAGAAGGACGGCAGCACCAAGGCCGCCGGGCCCACCUGGGCCCCGCUGCUCGCGGCUCUGGCUCACCUGGCCGCCGCGGAGAAGGCCUACCACCACAUGACGUUCCUGGGGCAGAAGAUGGGCGGCCAGAGCUUCUUCAGCCGCAAGGACUCCAUCCGCACCAUCUACGCCUCCCUCCACAACGAGCUGAGGAAGGUGAUGACCUCGGGACGCCACGGCCAGCCAGGCUCCGCCUCCUACCUGGAGGACCUGCUGUCGCACCUGUCGGAGCAGCUGUGCCACUUCGCGCAGGCGCGCACGGAGAUGGCCGACCUGUACGAGAAGAUGCACUCGCUGGGCGGCCAGAAGAGCGUCAACUCCGAGGAGCUGGUGUGCACGCUGGAGGCCGUGCUGCACAAGUACAGCUCCAAGUUUCACCACCCCAUCCUGGGCCGCGUGGAGGAGGGCUUCCAGACGGAGGUGGACGUGGUGACCCAGCUGCUGCGCUGCCAGGCCCAGGUGUCGGAGUGGCGCUUCCUGCCGGCGCUGCUCAGCCUGCACGGCGCCACCUCCAAGCUGGCCGCCUGGGGCCAGCUGUUCCAGCGGCAGAAGGAGACCCGCAAGCACCUGUUCGGGGGCCAGUCCCAGAAGGCCGUGCAGCCGCCGCACCUGUACGCCUGGCUGCAGCGCUUCCAGGCGGCGCUGCUCGCCAAGUUCAGCUUCUACUUCCACGAGGCGCUGAGCCGGCAGGCGGCGACGGCGGCGGACAUGCGGGCGCUGACGGCGCGCGCGGCGCCCGACUACCACGGGAAGAUCUGCAGCUUCAUCCGCAAGCACGACGCCAGCAACGUGUCGCUGGUGUUCGACAACCGCGGCUCGGAGAGCUUCCAGGGCCACGGGUACCACCACCCGCACUCGUACCGCGAGGCGCCCAAGGGCGUGGAGCAGUUCCCCGCCGUGGUGUCGCUGCCCUCGGGCGAGCGCCCGCUCACGCACUGGCCCAACGUCAUCAUGAUGAUGGGCGACCGCGCGGCGGAGCUCAACGCGCCCGACAAGGUGGUGCACUUCUACGACGACAAGGUGCUGAGCACCUACUACCUGACGCGGCCCGAGCCGCACUUCACGCUCGUGGUCAUCUUCGACGGCAGGAAGUCGGAGAAGGACGCGCACAUCGCCGGCUUCCUGCAGGAGAUCUCCGGCUCGCUGCGCAACUCCAAACCGUUCAGCAGCCUCAAGCCGGGCUCCAAGGGCUGACCGGUGCCUCCCAUGAGCUCAUCAUGGUUCUACUUUGAUCAGAAGGAAGCACGUUCGUGGCUGAAGAACUUCCUCCAGUUUGAACUCUUAAACAAAAUAACUUGAAUAAAUAA